GUGUCUAAAUUCUAAAUUAAAAUUUUAGUAGUCGCCAUUUUAACACAUAAGUUCGAGUUUACAACGUUUGAGUAAUUUUUUGCUAGUAUUUCAUUGAUAUUAUUGUAAGAUGAAUUCGUUAAUGGGUUAUGGAAGUGAUGAUGAUCCAGAUGACUCUCCUGAUACCAGACAAGUGGACACCUACUCCAGUUCAAGAACUUAUCGGAAACCUGGGGGAAACUCCCAUGCAGAUGACACUAACUAUGAUGAAGUUCAAAUGAGCCUUAGUGAGGAUUCUGAUUGUGAAUCGAAGCACCAGCGGAAAUCGAGUAGGGAGAAGGACAGUAUUCGUCGUUGCAGUCCCAAAUUCAGAGAUGAAGAUGAUCAUAGAAGAGAUAGGAGAGAUGACAGAAGAGAUGAUAGGAAAGACAACGGAGACAGACACAGAGACAGGGACAGGAGUGAAGAAAGAACCAGGCAUAACAGAGACGACGAAAAGCCCAACUAUAGAGAUGAUAGAGAAGAAGAUAGAGAAAAGAGUAGCAGAGAUGAUGAUAGAGCAAGAGAUCGAGGAGACAGAUUAAGGGAAAGAGAUGAUAAUAAAGUGAAAGAUCGAAGAGAUGACAGACGAGCGAAAUCCAGAGAGAGAUACAGUAGUAGGGAUGAUAGAUACAGAAAAGACAGAGAUAGGAGGCGGAGCAGGUCACCAAGAGAUGGAAGGGAUAGAGAGAGGCGACGUAGUAGGUCGCCUCGUAGAAAUGAAAGGUCCAGAUCAAGAUCAAGAGAUAGAAACUCGAACAGAGGUAAAGGAGGAGGAUUUGCCAGGCGAUUCGGCAGAGGAUAUAGCAGAACUGAUGAUACAGAUAACACAGCUGGCGCUUCAGCGCGAUCGGAAGAAAAUCCAACUGGAGGAGAUGCUACAAACAAAGAUAGAUUUUUUGUUCCUGGCAUUACAGGUAGAUUUAGAGAACAAAUAGAAAAGCGUAAAUUAUUAUGGCAGAAGAAGGAACCUGAAAAGCAAGAAACCGUUGUAAAGCCAGCUCCAAGCUUUGGAGUUGGAGGAUCAAGAACAACAAAAGUUUGGGAAGCAACUACUUUUGCUCAAGACACUGAUGGUAAAGUCGCUAAUAAAUUCAAGAGACUCAUGGGAAUAAAAUCUGCAACUGAUGGCAACAGUACUGCUACUGAGGUUCUUAAGAAACAGGAAGAAAUGUUUACUUCAAUGGAACAACAGUAUGAAGUAGCUCGAACUGCCACUCAUACAAUGAGAGGUGUAGGUUUAGGGUUUGGAAGUUAUCCCCGAUAAUUUUUUUCAGAAUUUGUUUGAUAUUUAUGGAUAAGGAAUAUUAUAUUUGAUGUUUAAAUUGGUUAUUUUGUUGACUAGGCAAUUACAGUUUUUUUGUAAAUCCUACUUUUUUCGAGAAUAUAUUUUUUGAUUUAGGUCUAAUUUACAAUUCAGGUGUAUAGAAUGUUUUGUUUUGUUUUUGCAAAGAUGCAAUUGAAUUCUACCAUCAAAUGGAAAUCACUUUUUGAAAUCUGAUAUAAUGUGUUGUGUAUAAUCAAAAUAUAUGGAAAGAACACUUCUGUAUCGAUAAUCUCUGGUCAACAGGAGUUAAUUUAAUGAAAAUAAGUUUACCUCAGCUUUCAACAUUCAUUCGUGGCUGUUAAAGUGAUUGGGAAUCUUACCUGUAGUUUUUUGGGGUAAGGUAGAUUUUGUGAUGUAAUAAAGUUGAAAAAAAAAA